AUGAAAUUGGCAUUGCCAGGGUUGCAUGGGAAGGUCCCAGAGGCAGAGGUUUCUUCUUUAUCAUCAUCUGAUCUUUUCAUCACUUUGAAGAAUUUCAAUAUGGAUUCAAGGGUCUACUCUUCUUUCGACAGCAGCAAUGGGAGCAUUGGGAGCAGGACUUCUGGUGGAGGCAGGAGCCGACAAAAUAGCUCUGAGUCCUUGGGAAGAGCUGGUGGAAAGAAAUGGGAGAAACAGCUGAAAGUCACCAGCCUACAUCCAUUCAAGCUAAGAACUGAGCAAAGAGGGAGAUUCAAAAAAGAAGAAUUCCAUAAGAAAGUAGAGUAAAUGAUGGAGGAGGAGAAAAAACAGCGGAUCCCAAUCGCACAAGGCCUGCCGUGAACAACAGAUGAA